AACAGAGAGAUCAAACGACACACCACGUGAGGUCGAUAGCGAGCCACAAGCUAGCUAUUUCACCAGCGCCUGAAAGCAAGGUCAGCAAAACUAAACCAUAGCUGCGCGUUGAGACCAUUGUCCUCUCCGAGCUGCCGUAGCUGGGUUUUAAGCCCAUUGCCUCUCGGUCGGAUUCGGGUAGCCGGAAUUGUUCGUGCGGAUUGAGCCCUUUUCUAUGAGCAUGGCGGCGGCGGAGGCAGAGAUAGAGGUAGCAGCAGCAGCUUCCACCCAUCACGGCGGACCCGAGAGAAGGCGCCAUCAGUGUGGCGGGAGCGGGGACGCGUAUCGGGAGCGGCUGGACGACGACGGAGUUCGGACCCUCACUUCGGCGGAGCAGACAAAAGUGGAGGAUAUUGUUCAAGAAGUUUUUGAUGUUUACAAGAGAAAUCAUCACGACACCCAGUAUGUUUUGCAACAAGAUAAACAUUUCCACUACUUGAAGAGAGGACUGAGGCAAUUGACUGAUGCCUAUGAGUGUCUGGAUGCCAGUCGCCCAUGGCUGUGCUAUUGGAUCCUGCACAGCCUGGAGCUCUUGGGGGAACCAAUCCCAGAUUCAAUAGCAUCAGAUGUGUGCCAGUUCCUUAGCCACUGUCAGAGCCCAAACGGAGGAUUUGGAGGAGGACCAGGCCAACACCCACAUCUUGCUCCAACGUAUGCAGCUGUGAAUGCUCUCUGUAUUAUUGGCACUGAAGAGGCAUACAAUGUUAUCAACAGAGAGACACUUCUGGAAUACCUGUAUUCCCUGAAGCAGCCUGAUGGCUCCUUCAUCAUGCACCUAGGAGGCGAAGUUGAUGUCCGGAGUGCCUAUUGUGCUGCAUCCGUAGCUUCCCUUACCAACAUUAUUACACAGUCUCUCUUUGAAAAAACUGCGGAAUGGAUUGCAAGAUGUCAGAACUGGGAGGGCGGGAUCGGUGGCGUCCCCGGCAUGGAAGCCCAUGGAGGAUACACGUUUUGUGGACUGGCAGCCUUGGUCAUUCUCAAAAAUGAACAAGUUUUGAAUCUGAAAAGUUUAUUACACUGGGUUACAAGCCGUCAGAUGCGUUUUGAAGGAGGGUUUCAGGGUCGUUGUAACAAGCUGGUGGAUGGCUGCUACUCAUUCUGGCAGGCUGGUUUACUGCCUCUCCUACAUCGAGCUUUGCAUGCCAAAGGUGAUCCUGCUCUCAGUAUGACACACUGGAUGUUUGACCAACAAGCUCUUCAAGAAUAUAUCUUGUUAUGUUGCCAAUGUCCUGCAGGAGGUCUUUUGGACAAGCCAGGAAAGUCUCGAGAUUUUUACCAUACAUGCUACUGCCUGAGUGGGUUGUCGAUAGCACAGCAUUUUGGCAGUGGAGAUCUUUUACAUGAAGUUGUGCUAGGAGUGCCAGAGAACCGCCUGCAGCCAACGCAUCCUGUCUACAACAUCUCCCCUGGCAAAGUGAUGCAAGCUGUGAUGCACUUCCUGAAAAAGCCAAUUCCAAGUAGAGAAGAGACUUUUACUAACUGAGCCUUUUCGCUGCCCUUAGAGAGACUCUGCAGUGUGUACUGUCCUAAUGGCGCAAUAACGCUGCAUAUCGUCUUGGCUGAUGUGGGACUUGAGCCAUGAAGCUAACUUCCUCGGGCUCUACUUUGUGUGUGCGUGUCUGUCUUUUGAGAGAGCUUUGCUAGCCAUACCAAAAAUAUACCAGUUUUUUUAGAACGGAAUAGCUGAUUGGCUGUGUGAUGGUGUAUGGUUGGUCAUGCUGGGUGCUCAACUUAGGCAGGAAGCUCUCUCAUUAAGGAGCAGCUUUGUUUUUGAAACAAUGCAGCAUGUUACUAUCGUAAGCAUCUGGCAAAGCAGCUCUGUUGUUUCAUUUGCACUAUGCUAAGCAUCAUGGGGGUGGGAGGAAUGGGAGGGUGGUGCAGCUUCAUCAUCAGCUGCAUACUGGCUUGGCCAGAGAUGGUACAUUGAUCUCCUGCUCUGGCAGGCAGUUUCUUCAUCUGGCUAUUUACAUUCCCUGAGGAAUUCUAAACAUUUCGAGCCAGGAGAUUAGUUUCCCAGGUUUUGGAUACGUCACGAGAAAGAAAACCAAGCUAAAUGGUGUAUGCAUAUCUUCACUAUGUAGUUCUGUAUCACAUGUUGGAGCACGCUGGGAAAGUGUGGUCUUGAACAUUGGUACUAAGAGGUCUCUUUCUGCCUAGAGCAAAAAGAGGCAGAUACGAAUGCUUCUGCAAGAUUUUAUUUCCCUUGCAAAUUGCUUGUCCGGGGAUGGGAUUGAUAAUACAAUGAUGUUUAUGCAUUUUAUAAGAUAUAUACAGUAUAUAUAAAUAUAUCUAUACAGUAAAUUCAGAAAGUAUUCAAACCUCCUUCACUUUUGUCAGUUUUGUUAUGCUACCAUCUGAUUCUACAGUUGUUGAAAUCCAUUUUUUCCACAUUAAUCUACACUUGGUAUCGCAUAUUGAGGUGAAAACAGAAUUUUAGAAACGUCUGUAAAUUUAUUAAAAAGAAAAAAAAACUGAAAUGUCACAUUGGCAUAAGUAUUCAGACCCUUUGCAACAACACUUGAAAUUUCUCCCAUUUCUCUUGAUCAUUGCUGACAUGUUUCUACACCUUGAUUAGAAUCUACCUGUGGUAAAUGAAAUUGAUCGGACAUGAUUUGCAAGGCACACACCUCUCUAUAGAAGGCCUCACAGCUGAGGCAUACUGUAGCAGAGCAAAAGCCAUGAGGUCAAAGGAACUGCCUGUAGAGCAGGGGUGAAAUCCAGCAGGUUCUGACAGGUUCUGGAGAACCGGUAGCGGAAAUUUUGUAUAGUUCAGAGAACCGGCAAAUACCACCUCUGGCUGGCCCCAGAGUGGGGUGGGAAUGGGGAUUUUGCAGUAUCCUUCCCACAGGAAUGGGGAGGGAAUAAGGAUUUUGCACCAUCCUUCCCCUGAAGUGGGGUGGGAAUGGAGAUUUUGCAGUAUCCUUCCCCUGGUGUGGGGUGGGAAUGGAGAUUUUGCAGUAUCCUUCCCCUGCCACACCCACCAAGACACACCCACAGAACCGGUAGUAAAAAAAUGUGGAUUUCACUACUGCUGUAGAGCUCAGACAAGGAUUAUUGCAAGGCUACAAUAAAAUUUCUGCUGCACUGAAGGUUCCUAAGACAAAAUGGCCUCCAUAAUUCUCAAAUGGAAGAAGUGUGGCACAACCAGGACGCUUCCAGGAGUUGGUUGCUGGUCAAACUGAGCAAUUAGGGGAGAAGGGACUUAGUAAUAGAGGUGACCAAGAACCUGAUAGUUACUCUGAGCUCUAGAGAUCCUCUGUGGAGAUGGGACAGAGUUCCAAGACAACGAUUACUGCAGUCUUCCACCGAUUUGGGCUUUAUAGCAGUGCCUAGAUGGAAGCCUCUCCUCAGUGCAAAACACAUGAAAGCCCACUUCAAGUUCAUAAAAAAGCACCUGAAGGACUCUCAGAUUGUGAGGAACAAGAUUCUCGUCGUCUGAUGAAACCAAGAUUGAACUGUUUGGCCUCAAUUCUAAAUGUUAUGUCUGGAGGAAACCAGGCACCACUCAUCACCUGCCCAAUAUCAUCCCAACAGUGAAGCAUGGUGUCAGCAGCAUCAUGCUGUGGGGGUGUUUUUCAGCAGCAGGGACUGAGAGACUGGUCAGGAUUGAGGGAAAGCUGAAUGGAGCAAAGUACAGGGAUAUCCUCAAUAAAAACCUGUCCCACCACAUUCGGGACCUCAGACUGGGCCAAAGGUUCACUUUCCAACAUGACAACGAUUCUAAGCACACAGUCAAGACAACACAGGAGUGGCUUAGGGACAACUCUGAAUGUUCUAGAGUGGCCCAGCCAAAGCCCUGACAUGAACCCUAUUGAACAUCUCUGGAGGGACCUGAAAAUGGCUGUCCACUGACAGUCACCAUCCAACCUGACUGAGCUUGAGAGGAUUUGCAAGGAAGAAUGGCAGAAAAUCCCCCAAUCCAAGUGUGCAAAGCUUGUUGCGUCAUAGCCAAAAAGACUCAAGGCUGUAAUUUCUGCCAAAGGUGCUUCAACAAAGCACCGAGUGAAGGUCUGAAUACUUAUGCCAAUGUGAUAUUUCCGUUUUUUUCUUUUUAAUAAAUUUACAGACAUUUCUAAAAUUCUGUUUUCACUUUGUCAUGGGGUACUGAAUGUAGAUUAAUGAGGAAAAAAAUGAAUUUCAACAACUCUACAAUCAGGCUGCACCAUAACAAAAUUGACAAAAGUGAAGGGGGUCUGAAUACUUUCUGAAUGUACUGUAUAUACACUAAUUGCUUUCUUAUUACUUGUACAGUUGUGACUGUUAAUAAAAUUCUUCACAGAAAAUGUGUUUUAAUUCAGAGGGCUGCCUGAAAACCCUUUUAGUGCUGGGCUACACAUUAAGAAAUAAUUACAUUUAGUCUUCUCGGGGUUGUAUUUUUGUCCUGCAUGGUAAGAAUAGGCAUCAGGGAAUAUUCCACCUAUAUUAAAAUAAUAUCACUUCAUAUGUCAUUGGAACUUUCAGUCAUCUUACCUGCAUUCUAGGUUAAAUUGCAUUAUAUAUAUAUAUAUUUCCUAGUGCCUCCCAUUGGACUUUUGCAAAUGAAUUUCCAAAUGAUUAAAUAAUUCUUAACUCUAGAAAACUUUCAUAUGCUGCUUGAUGGCUAGAUUAAGUUUUGGUUGGUUUGGUAGAAUUCUGCUUCUCAAGAAGAGUCCUACAGCACAAACAGUUUUGCCUGGCACUUGCAUAAAUGUAACAUGAAGACUGAUGUGAAGGAGCUGAAGCAGGAAAAAUUGUAUUCUGUAACAACCAGUAGAAACCACAUAAAACUGUCUUCUGUUUGGGUGUUUGUCAGGUAUGGACUGUACACAUCAAUUCAUGGCGUUCUGUGCAAUGGAUGUGCAUGCUAGGAAUUUUAAAAAUUCAUCUCUACAUCUAGAAGGCACUUAGGUGAGGGAAGAUUGAUCUACAUUUGGAUGAACUUUUUUCGGACAGAAUCCUAUGGUUUCUCUAAUGUUGGAAGGGCAAUAAAUGAGAGGUGAAAAAGGUAGGUGCCUUUGAAAGGCAGGAAACAUUGUUGAUCUGGAAUGGAACAAAAUCUGAGGCAUCAUUUAUUUUCCCCUUUAUUAGGAGCAUAAAGUAGAAAACUGCAAACAUUUCUGAUUUAACAGCAUAUGACAAUGGGGGGGGGGGAGAUGAGAAAAUAGAUUUAACAAUGUGAAAAUGUUGACUUUUUAAAUCUUUCAAAUUACUAUCUCCUAUACCUGUAAGAAUAUGCUUGAAUAUGCUGCUUGGUGAAAUCUCCAAAGGUAAGCAAAUUUUGGCCAUCAAGAAAGGGCAAGUUUGAAGCAAUCAGUAAAUAUAUCCCUCUUCAUAAUUGGGAAAAGUAAUUGAUUCUAAACAACUGCAUGCUGUCUAUCUCUACAUGCAGGUUUUCUUUAUUUGUAUAACCCUGGAUGCAGGAAUUCAGCUUUUUGGGUACCAACUUAAAUUUUGAGUGGUUUACAGUAUAAUGUAUCAUCUUGAGUACUGUAUACCAUCUUGAGUAUACCUCCCUCAGUAAAUCCUAUAAGCUUAAAAAUAGAAUAAUUUAAGGAAGUGGGCAUAAUAGCACUUAUAGUACUCCUAUAAGUAGUUUCCAUGCAGCCACAUAAAAUACUUAAGAUUUUCAACAGCAAAUAGAAGCUCCCAUGCAGCCAUGAAAAGGCUAUUUAACUGAUGGUUGUAAAAAAAUAGCAGGCAGCAUUUUUUUUUUUUUACUACUUAUGGGAGUAAAGUGCUGCAAGGAUGCUAAUUCACAUAGCGUGUACUGUAGUAAGCUAUGCUUUGUAUUAAAGAACCAUUAAACAAUGAGCACCAAUGAAUGGUGUCUUUCAUGUAAAAUGUCAGAAAUGUUAGAUUUCAGGAAGUGCUAAAAAAAGUGUGUGUGCAGGGCAGGGGGAGGAGAUGGAACAAUUGCCCUCUGAUUAGGUUGCCACUGUGUUUUGCAGAGUCCUAGUUACUGUACGGUUAGUGUGAUUUUACUGAUUGUUCACGUUAGAAAGUUAAUAUAUAUUGUGUAGAUAGUUUAGUGACAAGUGCUUAACAAGCUCCAGCUGGAGUGUUCAUUUACUUUUUGAAACCGAGUUCAGAGCUAUUAAACUAUAGCUCAGACUCAUCACUGAAAGGCUGCUUGUUAAAAAAAAGGGUGGGGACCUUGAUAUAUGUGCAUAAGGAACUCCAUUCCCUUGAGGUAUUAUCAGGGCUACAUGCCAAGAGAAAAACAGAUUAAUAUUGCCAGUAUUGCUGCUUAGUUGUAUUUUUAAUUGAAGUUAUGCAAAGGACCACACAUAGCCGAUUGCAAAAUGUUUUUAUUAAAGUCACUUGAUGUUGCUUACCUAAAACACAAUUAACAUAAAUUUAGGAUGAGAAGAUUACUUUUACUAUAGCUUUGUGGUGAUCUGAAAAAGAAAAUGCAACUUCCCUGUCAGAUAUUGCCUGCAUAUGAUGCACCAGAGACUAGAAGGGUUUAAGUCUUUACAGACAUCACAUGUGACUAUAUCAGCCAAUGAACUCUAUUAUUGGACUCUUACCUAGAAACCACUUGGACAUCUUCCCUUUUUUUUCUCUCUCUCUCUCUCUCUCAUCUAUCUCUCAGCGAGACAACACGUGGACUUCUCUCUCCUCUCAACAUCUGAGUCAUACAGUUAGGGUAAAAAUGUAACAGGACAUCCUGUUCAUUAUCGUACGCAUGUAUAUAUUUGUAAAUAAUAAAAACAACUUUUUGAACCUGAA